GCUUGUGUCGCGCUUGACGCAGAUGGCAGUACUUAAAAACGUGUGAGGGUCUCGUUGAAGCGUCCCACUGUCUGCUUCCAGAGCCCCGCAGUCAUCACCCUGAAUCCGUUGUGAGUCUCCCCCGGAGUGACGAUGGCAGAGAGCUCGAACUGUUUCUACUGUCGGGAGGACCUCGGGGGGAAGAGGUUCGUCCGCAACGAGGGCCGGCCGGUGUGCAUCCGCUGCCACACCAAGUUCUGCGCCAACUCCUGCGCCGAGUGCCGUCGACCCAUCCCUGUGGAAUCAAAGGAGCUCAGCCAUAAGGGCCGGUACUGGCAUGAGGAGUGUUUCCGCUGUGCUAAGUGUUACAAGCCUCUGGCCAAGGAGCCCUUCAGCACUAAAGACGACCGCAUCAUGUGCGGGAAGUGCUGCUCCAGAGAGGACGCGCCACGCUGCCACGGCUGCUAUAAAGCCUUACUGCCCGGCACAGAGAGUGUGGAGUACAAAGGGAACUCGUGGCACGAUGAGUGUUUCACCUGUUUCAACUGUAAACGACCAAUAGGAUCGCUGAGUUUCCUCUCCAAAGGAACUGACGUUUACUGCAGCCCCUGCCAUGACAAGAAGUUUGCCAAACACUGCGUCUGCUGCAAAAAGGCUAUAACUUCUGGAGGAGUGAACUACCAGGACCAGCCGUGGCACAGCCACUGUUUCGUGUGCAGCUCCUGCUCCAAGCCCCUAGCAGGGACCAGUUUCACCAACCACCAGGACCAGGUGUUCUGUGUGGACUGCUACAAGACCUCCGUGGCAAAGAAAUGCAGCGGCUGCCAAAGCCCCAUCACAGGGUUUGGUAAAGGAGUGAACGUGGUGAACUACGAGGGCAGCUCCUGGCACGAAUACUGCUUCAACUGUAAGAAAUGCUCCCUCAGUCUGUCCAACAAGCGCUUCGUGGCCAAGGAGGGAGACAUCCUCUGCGCCGACUGCAGCGAAAAGUAGAGCUGGAGAACGCUGUCUUUGUCUAACCGUGGUUUAAAGUCCUUUUAUAUUUCUUUUAUUAUUACAUUAAGGCCAGAGUCCCCAUUACAAUAUUAUGUUUAUUAUUAAAGUGACCUUUUGGCAGAUUAUGACAGAAACGUUGGGACAAAUUGUGAUUUGUAUCCAUUGUUGAUUGUUUGCUGCAUGCUAAUACAUGAUUAGCCACCUGCAGCUAAAGUAAAUUAGCAGCAGAUACAUUCCUAACUUACCUGAGAUCUUCAAAGUAGAUCUAAUGAUGCUGUAUUUGAGUCUGCCGGUCUUAAGAAACAUGUUAUUAGUUUUUUUAUCUAAACUGAUGGUUGUGAAAGUUGAUACUUUCCCUCAACACAGUGUAUGCUAGCCUAUUAGCAUAAAGCGAGAUGGUAACGUGAUUUUUAAAGCUUUUUAAAGCUUCAUCUUUUUUAAGCACAAAAACACCUGCUUUUGAUAAUGUCAAAUGUGAUAUUUUCCUAUGAUCAAAGUGGUUUUAAAUAAUCAAAAAUUAUUUCUAUAUUUGUAAUUGCUCAUUUACAAUGCAUUGCUAUGCUUAUUGUGUGUUUGAAUAAAAAUAAACGUGUAUGCACUUUUCUUAACCAUUCUCCCUUCAAGUAAAGAGGAAAUAUAAGUAUGAAAUUGGAACAUAUAUUCUAAUUGUAUGCCUUGUUAUGUUGCUAAAAUGAAAUAAACUUUCUAAAAAAACUCUA